CAAAUCCAAGUAGGAUAGAAGAUCAGGCCAGGACCAAGUCUUAUUUGAUUUCAGAUUUCCAACACCCGCAUGGACUUUGUAUGCCUAUAAAUAGGCUGCUUGCGACAACCCCUGUAGACACUUCAAAGAGCUAAAGCUUUCAGCUCCAGACACACGAUCGAUCAAUUGAUUUCAUUCUAGUUUGCCAAACCCAACGUUAAAAUUCUAUACUCGAAAACCAUGGCUUCCUCCAAACUUCUUUUCACCUUGUUUCUCUGCUCCUUCUUGGUUUAUGUUAUUCCGUUUGGUUCUAAUGCACAUAUUCUCAUGGCUUGCGAGUUUGAAGCCAUAUAUAACCUUGGAGAUUCAAUAUCUGACACGGGCAAUUUGAUCCAAGAGGACCCUGCUUCUGUGUUUUCUAGGUUUCCCUAUGGCCAAAACUUGUAUGUUAAUCCUACAGGCAGAUGCUCCAAUGGCUUGCUCAUUAUUGAUUUCAUUGCAAAAUCAGCCGGUGUUCCACUCCUUAAUGCAUAUUUGACAAAUUCCACCAAGACACAUGGAGUGAAUUUUGCAGUUGCUGGAUCUACUGCAUUGCCGGUGGAAGUUCUUGCAGAAAAGGGAGUUAUUUCCCCUGUAACCAAUAGUUCUCUUACCGUACAACUAAACUGGAUGCAUACCCAUUUCAAUACAACCUGCCACAAGUCCAAAGAUUGUGUUGAGAAACAUAGAAAAUCUCUUUUCAUGGUUGGGGAGAUUGGAGGCAACGAUUAUAAUUAUGCUUUCUUUCAAGGCAAAACUAUUGAUGACUUGAAGACCAUGGUACCCGAUGUUGUUAAAGCCAUCAAAGAUGCUGUCGUGAGAGUCAUUGGAUUUGGUGCCACGCGAAUUAUUGUCCCCGGAAAUUUUCCAAUUGGUUGCAUGCCUAUAUACCUUACAGGAUUUCACUCCAAUGAUUCAAACGCAUAUGAUGAAUUUCAUUGCCUCAAAGAAUUGAAUAACUUUUUAAUGUAUCACAAUGAACAACUCCAGCAAGCAAUUAAAGAAUUGCAAGAAAACCAUUCAAAUGUGACUAUAGUAUAUGGAGAUUACUACAAUGCCUACAAGUGGAUUUUGUGGAAAGCUGCAUUGCUAGGUUUUGAUCUAAAAUCAUUACAAAAAGCUUGUUGUGGGAGUGGAGGUGAUUAUGACUUUAGUCUUGCUAGAAUGUGUGGAGCUCCUAAUGUACCGGUUUGUCCAAAACCUGGAGAACGUAUUAGUUGGGAUGGAGUACAUUCAACAGAAAAAGCCUAUUUCUUCAUGGCAGGAUGGCUCAUUCGUGACAUUUUUCAAAAACUUCAAUGUAUUGCUUGAUUUUUUCAUAAAAUUUGAUAUUAGUUAUAUUAGUGAAUAGUAUAGA